UCUGAGAGGUGAGUGUUAGGAGAUACAGAACAAAUCAAUAUAGAGUCAAGUGUUUGUGAAUGCAAUUUACAGCUUCAAACCAGGUUUCAUGAUGUUACAGCGAAGACUCUUUUAUUUCCUCUUUUUGUCUUUGGUAUGUGUUGUUGUUACAGAUGAGACCAUUGAGAUCCUAAAAAAUAUUGAAGAUCUAAAAAACAUAGAAUUUGGCCACGAUUACCCACACCAUGGUCUUUUCUUGUUGCACUUUCUGGCGAGUCACAUCUCCAUCGAUCUAUCAGAAGGCAUCCUACUUCAUUUUGAUCCAGAACGGCAGGACUACGGCUUCCAGUACUAUAACAACACUAGAAUUGAUGGAAAUACCUUCUUGCAUCCUGAUGAUCCACAGGACAGGGUGUACUACACUUUGGGCGAUCUUAGUUCAGAGGCAGUUCGAACCAAGCUGCCUCCAUAUGUCACCCAAGAAUUCUACAAUGCGUAUGAGAGUCCCAAAAGAGACCUCGACCGGAUGGUCCUAGAAAUGCAAAAAGGCAGCUCAAGAAAAGCAGACAGGGUGUACAUCACACAAGUGGUAAUUCACCAGCAGGGAUUGCAGUACAACCAAAAUAAGACCUUUGAGAUCAGCCCUAAACUCAUAAAGCAAGUUCAAGCUCUUCAAAAACCUCUUAAUUUGCUUCAAGCUCUUGAAUUGCUCUCGACAGACAAUUUAAAUGCAAGUAAGGGUUCAUCAGAUGAUCCCAGACUUGCGCUUCCGAGUGACCAAUUCCUAAACUACUUAAAAUAUUCAGAAAAACAUCUCAAGAAUAUUUUUGAAGAACCAAGUCUGAGGUGGCUUCUGAUUCUGGCUGGAUACGAUCUAGAUGGCAGGUUUAAAGUCCAUGAGAAAAUUUGGUCCUGCUCAAAAGAUGAGUCAUUCCAGCGUGAACAAACUACAGGCAAUCAAAAGGUCCACCUAUGCGAGGGUCCAGCAAAGAUAGAGGUAAAAUCUACAGAAAAUGGUUACGCCAGACUCACGUGGAGUGGUAUACCUAAGAACAUCUUAGAUCUUAAACCUUAUCUCGUCCUUUUUAAGAGUGAUUCAUCAAAUGAUCUUGAGACUUUUGAGUCCCUCCAGGAAAAAACCUCUGGAUCUGUGGACACCACCAUGGCCCUUAAUCAUGGACUACAUCCACGUCUGGUUACAUACAACUUUGCCAACAAAUAUGGAUUCCUCGGCAUCCGUUACUCUGUGAUUUGGAGAGGGCCACAGUUUGACGAGGCUAACAGGGCCAUUCCCGUCGACAUCACUGGCUACAAUGCGAGCCUUCAACUGUAUACCAGAAAUGGAUAUGCAUGUGCUCGCCUCUACAUCAAGAACUCCUUUACAGACUGGGAAAACGAGUUCAGGUACUCAUGGGUGGGAUUCUACACCAGCGAUCAGGAUCCCAAUCACAAACAUCAGCACUAUCAGUGGGUCUCUAAAUUCGACAAGGUCGACAAUAAAUCUGAUGAUCAUCUGAUCUAUGAGUAUGAGUCUUCGUUAAGCAUCGGACCUGGAGUCCAAGCUCGAUUUCUGUAUUCUAGUCAAACUGUCUACACUCGUCUUUCCCUCAGAUGGUCUUCUGUGGCUGUGAAAGCUCGCACUGUUCCUUGGGAAAACAUGUACAAAUAAUUAAACUUAACUAAAAAGUGUACUGAAGUGUAAAGUGAAUGUAUCCUCCAAGUGGUUGUGUGUAUAUUUCUAAACGUUUAAGAAAUAAAAAGCACCCCAGAAUUUAUGUAACAUUUUCAACACUCACACUCAUAAUGUUACAACCACCUUCUGGUUGCUACAUACACUGGUUAUUUUAUCAGUUUCAAUUACCAUAUAGAAGCACUUUGUAGUUCUGCAAUUACUGACUGUAGUCCUGUUUCUCUACAUACUUUUUUAGCCUGCUUUCACCCUGUUCGUCAAUGGUCAGGACCCCCACAGGACCACCACAGAGCAGGUAUUAUUUAGAUGAUGGAUCAUUUUCAGCACUGCAGUGACACUGACAUGGUGGUGGUGUGUUAGUAUGUGUUGUGCUGGUAUGAGUGGAUCAGACACAGCAGCGCUGCUGUGGUUGUAAUGUUAUGGCUGAUCUGUGUACAUUUGUUUGAGUUUUAAAUCAUUUCUUGGUCUUAUGGAAUUAAUUUAUCUAUUUUUAAUUGGGAAAACAUGUCCAAAUAAUUAAACUUUUUAUUUACUAAA